UAUAGAGGAGAGGAGGGAAACGCCGAGAAAUUAUCUGCCAUAUGAUUGAUUUUGAUUAUUGCCGAAUGUUUUUGCAAAGUAGUUGGAAUUAAACAAUGUUAUCUGCAAAAAUAUGUUUUAACAAUUGCUGAAAAAGAGCAAAAUCAAAUAAAACAAAAUCAAAUAAGUUCAGAUAUUGCGUAGAUUUUUUUGAAUGAUUUUAAUGAACAUUUCUGUUUUAUCUUUCCUUUUUUUGUAGUAAUCGACUUUUUUGUUUUUAUUUCUUUUAUGUUGUUCAUUUUUCGCGGAUUAUUUUUUUUUUCAAUGAUUCGAACUAGUUUCAUUCGCAAAUAUUUUGAUCAUGCAUCUGUUUUUUCUGAGCUUGUGUAUUUCUAUUAUUAUUAAUAGCUCAGCAGAUCUCAUACAAAAUGACUUUGAAAAUGCUGCUAAAUUCCCUCUACAGUAUAAUCUACAUAAGCUAAAAGGCAAUAUACACUCUUCUUUAUUAUCAACAGAUCAUUCCUUUACUGCCAGCAAUUUUAAUGACCUCGAAUACUAUGAAAACAGAGAUUCAUUAUUAAACACCUUUCCUCCCAGUAGUAUUUUUAGUAAGUGUUCAGAAGAUAUUUUAUUUACUGUGUUGAGUUUGAAUCGUUCCAGCGCUUGGGCUUUACAAUUGAUUGACUCUUAUGGAAAGCCUGAAAGUGGAAUCACUCUUGGAAAUACAAACUGGUGGGGCAAUUAUUUACAAUGUCUUGAUACUUAUGCUCCUCCUGAAACCAAUGGGACUGCUGGAGAUUUCAAUGGAAAAUACUGUUUACUGAAUUUUGAACUUCAUAUCAAUCAAUCCUUGGCUGUUUUGCCUUUAUCCUUCAGUACUGGUGUAUGCAUUCCAGAUACAUGCUCUGCAUCCCAAGUAUCCAGUGACUUUAUCAUAUUAUUGCAAUAUGCAGAAAUGAUGCACUUAUGGAAUCCAAACACAUCAGUUUUAAACAUAACGUCUUUCAGUUGUAAAGAAAAUUCCAAAUCCUUAACUGCUGCAGCUAAAGGAGUAAUAUUUGUCGUCUCAUUUUUUGUAUUUUUGGUGAUCCUUGGAAGCUCUACUACUAUUUAUGAAUAUUUCUUUAUGGGAGAAAAAUCUGAAUGCAACUCAGUUCUAGUUGAAGAGGAGGGAAAAUCUGCACAAAUUAAUGAUGGAGGAACUCCAUCUGAUGAGAAUUAUGAUGUGGAAUUGCUUAUUCAACAGCAUUCCAAUCAGGGUUUAUUCUCUGGGUUUUUUGGAAAGUGCAAGCCUUUCCUUAAAUGCUUUUGCAUAUUUACAAAUGGAUCAAGACUGUUGGAUACUAACAGUACUGAAGGGCAGUUGGAAUGCAUUCAUGGUAUACGGUUCUUAAGCAUGAGUUGGGUUAUUCUUGCACACACAUAUGCGUUUAGUGUUAAAGAAAUAAAUAACAUCUUUCAAGCUGUUAAACUAACUGACAGUUUAGCAUUUCAAGUGGUUUUUCAAGGGUUCUAUUCAGUUGAUUCAUUUUUUGUGCUAAGUGGAUUUUUGCUUGCAUAUCUCUUUAUCAAAGAGUACUCUAAAAAUGAAGGGAAAAUUUCUUGGGUGUAUUUUUAUCUGCAUCGGUAUUUAAGGUUGACACCUAUGUAUAUGAUUCUUCUUGGAAUUUCAAGCACUUUGUUUCUUUACUUGGGAUCAGGUGCUAACUGGCCAGAUUAUUCUGUUGAUCCCGUGUGCAAGGAUUAUUGGUGGACAAAUUUGCUGUACAUAAAUAACUUUUUCAGUGUAACACAUCAAUGCAUGGGAUGGUCAUGGUAUUUGGCCAAUGACAUGCAGUUCUUUGUUAUUAGCCCUCUAUUUUUAAUAACAUUAUGGAGAUGGCCAAAAAUAGGAUUUUCUCUACUUGGAUUAUUUUUAUUUGGUUCUACAUGUGCCAACUUUUAUGUUACGUACCACUAUGAUUUGUAUGCAGGAGUUCUUAAUCUACAAUUAACUGAUUCUCAAUCAGCUAUGGCAAAGUACAAUGAUCACUUUGAGAAACUAUAUAUUAAACCAUAUACCAGAAUUGGUCCAUAUUUGGUUGGUAUGAUUACUGGUUAUAUGCUAGCAAAAUUUUCAAAUAAACCCAAGAUGAAUAAUAUCACAUUAUGUUUUGGUUGGAUUGUAGCCUCUUCUGUUUCACUGACGUGUGUUUAUAGUUUGUAUCAUAAGCACCCAACAACAUUAGCUAAUAGUUUUUUUAAUGCUGUGAAUCGUACACUUUUCGGAGCUGGACUUUCAUGGGUUAUCUAUGUUUGUUUGACGGGUCAAGGUGGAGUGGUGAACAAAAUUCUGUCUUAUAAACUCUUCCUUCCUUUGAGUAGAUUGACUUACGCUGCUUACUUAAUUCAUCCACUUAUUGUGACUGGUUAUUUUACAUCAUUGAAAACAAUGCUUGCUUUUUCUCAUCCUACUAUGGUUUCCCUGUUCCUUGGCUUUCUUUUGAUCACCUAUGCCUGCUCAAUAUUAGUCUCAUUAACAUUUGAAUCUCCAAUUAUUGGUUUGGAGAAACUCAUAAGAAAGAAGCUCAGUUCCAGUUAAAGAGUUCUUUAUAAUAACAUUAACAAUAAUAGUGGCAAAUCAAUUACAUUCUAAUUUAAGUAUUAAUCUGUAAAAGUUUAUCAUUUCUACUAUACACAAUUCAUAGCUAUUGGAAACAUUUAAUGCAGCUUUUAUACUUUUGUUGUUAAAAGAAGUAUUGUUACUGCAAUAUGUAUAGUAAUUGUUACUAUUUUUGUUACUGUUAACAUUAAAGACUCAUAUUUUUGUUAAAAAAAAUUUUAAAUGUUAAUAUUUAUUAAAGCUGGCUAAUUUUAUAAAUCUAUAUAUAUAAAGGAAAUGAUGUUUAUUUCUUUCUCU